AUGAGACUCUUCAAACUUCGACGGGAGGAUGAUCUCCUAGGGAAGGAGGCAUUGCUGUUAGUCCGUUUUGGGAAUGGAGUUGGCCAUCAGCCGCUGUUGCCAAUCGAAAUCGCGCGAGUCUUCGCAAUGCUAUAUAUUCUAAAGAAGAGUGUGACUGCCAGCCAGCGUCCACUGCCAGGCGGACGGGCUGUAUAA